AUGUCCGCCCAUCCUUCUCCAGACCCAUUUCAACCCAUGACUAUGUCGCCAUCUUCUAGUGUUCAACACUCGCCCCCUGUUGAUCUCAGACGUAUGACGUCCAAUUCGACACUUCUCACCCCCCAGAAAGAUUCAACUAGGGAACAUAGACUCUCAACUCACACUUCUCAGCACUUGAACACAAGAAUGGGCUCUCGCUCACCUUCUUCAAUUCCUUCAUCACCGACAUCUGCCCACUCAUCGUCAUCCGCAAUUUUCGAGCGUGAUAUUGAGCCUAUGCACCCCCCUUCUCCCCCUUCUCAUCCGAAUCCCCAUCGCAUCGCGCGUGCAAAAGGCACCGAACAACUCGAGCACAGCGUACCUUCUGUGCUCGAUAGUGCUGCUUCAAUUCUUGCAGCUUCCUCUCCCAUGGAGGAAGAUCACAUUUCCGUCGUUAGUCCUUCGCGAGAUCGUGAUCGCCUCACUACCAGCGGUUUUGCUAGCCCAAUCGGUAGCUUGAGAAGCAGGAGUCCGAGUCCAACGGGAAGAACGAGCUUGUUGCUGAGCAUCCCGGUUCAGCAGGGGCCCAUUACUCCCCUAAAUCUUUCUACGCCGGGUGUGGGAGCGGGCAGUCCGCAGCGCCUGAGCAUUCAGACCAGCCCAGUCACGUUUCCCUCAAAACAGUGUUCGAGUAGCAAGGCGUCUGCCGCACCUUCUAUCAGCACGCCUGCAUCUGUAUAUUACUCCACGCUCUCAUCAGUCGAACCAUCACCUACAACCACGACUGCGGAGCAUCCCUCUGCUGCGCUCCCCCCCAUUGCCAUCUCGACAUUGUCACCCUCAUCGACCUACACAUCUUCACCUUACUCGCGUCCCAUUACCAUCUCCCAUCCCCCGUCCCCUACGCACGGGCCCACUAAGCGUCUCUCGUUUAUGAGUUACGCAGAUCUGCUCGCAUCGACGCCCGCAUCAAUGGUUCCAUUGUCGUCAUUCACUACCUGCGCAACUCCCGACCCGCCACCUCAUAUUCCAGGUGUCGAAGGGUACGCGCUCAACCAACACGAUACUGCGAGUCUUAGUGGUCGUGAGCGUGACAGCAUCGCCAUGCUCGAUGAUCGCGAGGGUCUCGGACAAGGCCUCGAAGAAAGAUUAGAGGCCUUGAUGAUCGUCCCUAGCAAAGCAUAA